UUACGUGUCCACCUGAGUGUUCGUGCCGCGGUAAAGUUCGGUUUCUAAUGGAUGCGCAGUGUCCAUCAAUGUUUAUCUAUUUAAAUAUAUUGUAUUUAUUUACCUCCAAAAAGUUGGCUUUCUAACUGAUGAAUUUAGCACGAGUUAUUCCAGGCAUUUUGUUCUGUAUGCUUUUUGUCGGAUCCUGUUUCGCAAAUAAGUAUGUACUUUCUGUGCUGAAGUUUACCUUCCCCACCCUGUUCCAGGGGUGGCAGACCUGCGCUGGAGCUCUUCUGCUUUGGCUGACUGGAAAACUGGGAUGGGUGGAAAUAAAUGGGUUUCCCAGAUCUGCAGCAGUGUCCUGGCUUCCGGGAUCCAUCCUUUUUUUGGGGAACAUAUAUGGCGGAUCCAGGGCCUUGUCUGUUCUGCCUGUCCCAUUCUUUUUUGUGUUGCAAAAUGUGUCAGAGGUGGUCUCCUCUCUGCUCUUUAGAGUCACUCAAAAAGGGAAGUCAUCAUGGAUGAAGAUAUUCAGUGAGAAUCUGUUGGUGAUCUCAGCUGGUACUCUUAUACUUCAAAAUCUCCAGUUUGGGCUAAACGGUUAUGUCUGGGCGAUCGUCCACUUUUGCUGUGUUGGGUUAUACAAAGUGUUCCAGAGGAACUCAAAGUCCAACCAUCUGAGUGAUCUUGAACAACAGUUAAUCAACUACACGGUCAGCAUCUUGCUGUUGGCGACUGCAGCACAUCCAACAGGUGAUCUUUUUGGUGCUCUGGAUUUUCCUUUCCGCAGGUCCUAUAAGUUCUAUAGUGGAUGUUUUGCCAGUGCUGUACUUGGCUUUUUUCUGGUUCUAGCCUGGGUGAAGCUGAAGAGCGGACUUUCUUUGGUGCAUUGCGCAGUCUGGCUGUUCGUGGCCAAGAUUCUGGCUUCUAGUCUGUCUAUUUUUAUAUUCACGACCGAACUCGGACCCUUAACAUUAUGCUGCAUCCUUAUAAACCACGCUGGCGAGGCACUGUCAAUAUACGCUACCAGACUUCUGGAGAGCUGAAAACAAAUUCAACUACACAGUCACAUCAAGAUAUCUAAUAUUGGCUAAACUUUCACUAUACAUCACUAGAACUGUAAUACAGUGUGUUAAACAUUAUAUGUCACUAUAACGGCUGGCGAUCAGAAACAAGGAGUGUUUAAUGUUCAUGAAUUCCCAUUUGUUUGUGUGUGAAUAUUUAUAAAUCUGUGACCACAUGAAGUUUAAUUUUGUACUGUAAGAGGGAUUACUGAUGUCUACACAGACUCUAACUGUACUAUAAGGGGUAAAGAUGUCACCUUGGUAUAUUGUAUAGUAAUUAACUUUGCAUUAAAAGUUUGCGUUCAUUUGCAUUCA